AUGGCUCUUUUCAUCCUUCUUCUCUUUGUCCUAGUCGUGCAGGCCCGGAAUAGUACUAUUAUGGGCACCGCGGAACCGGAGCCGUCCUCGGGUAUUGUUUCGCAGCGACACCGCAGCCCUGAAGUGCCUGUGCCAACGAAGGUUAAAAUUGAGUCCUAUAACAUAAAUCCUGUUGUUUAUUGGGAAUAUCAGCACACGGUGCCAGCCCCUGUUUUCACUGUGGAGGUAAAGAACUAUAAGGAUGGGGUAUGGAUUCCUGCUUGUCAGAAUAUUUCUCUUCAUCAGUGUAAUAUUUUUGAAAAAGUUUAUGAUCCAUCAGAAUCUGUUUGGGUCAGAGUUAAAGCUAGAGUUGGACAAAAAGAAUCUGCCUAUGUGGAGACAAAAGGUUUUGUUGUAUGCGAACAAGGAAAAAUUGGGCCACCUAAAGUGGAUGUCAAAAGACAGGAAAACCAAAUCAUUAUUGACGUAUUUCACCCAUUCAUUAUUAUAAAUGGAAAAGAGAGAACUUUGUUUGAUUAUGAUGAAGAUGCUUGUUACAAUUUAAUUUAUGAUGUAUAUGUGAGAAUUAAUGGAAGUGAGGUAUCUGACAAAUGCUAUGGAGAAAAAGUAGAUGAAUGCAACCCAGUGCAGUGUUGGUUAAGCAUUCCCGUGUCGUCGGUCAACGCUGAGUACUGUGUUUCAGCAGAAGGCUCAACUGAAUGGGGUGUUACGACGACAAAGUCUGAGGAAUCCUGUAUUACCUUAUCAGAUAACAGCACAUAUCCUAUUUGGAUUCCAGUUUCUGCUGUCAUAAUCUUUCUAGUAUUUAUAUUUAUCCUCAUAAUCAUAUUUUGUCAUGUUAAGAAGAUGAAUUGCUUCAAGAAAAAAAGUAUCACAUUACCCAAGUCCUUGGUCUCUGUUGUAAAGCAUGCCACUUUGGAGACAAAUCCUGAGUCCAAAAAGUAUGUCUCACUCAUCACAUCAUACCAACCUUUUGUCCUAGAGAAGGACAAGGCGGUCAGCGAAGAGCAGCUGUCUCCAGCAACAGUUACCAGCAUGCAUAUAGAAGGCAUUCCAGGAAAACUGGAGCACACAGAAUUUUCUAGUGAAACAGAAGUGGUGAUUAUUGAGGAAAAUAGUUCUGACCUGGUCCCAGGGAGCCCUCUGACUCCAGUAAGAAGAGAGAAUUCUUCCCAUUCACACAGCAACCAGUCUGAGUCCUGCAGCAUCACUUUAAACUUGUAUCACUCCAGAAAUGGUUCUGACAGUGGCCUUGUGGAAUCGGACAGUUUCUUAUCUGACUCGGAAUUUCCCCCAAAUAAUAAAACUGAAAUCAGUACAGAGAGACAAAACUCCAUCAUACUAAGAAACACUACCACCUCAUUUGGUUAUGAUAAACCACACGUGCUGGUGGAUCUGCAGGUGGAUAAUGGGGGGAAAGAGUCCUUGAUUGGUUAUAGACUUCCAGCAGAUUCCAACGAGUGUUCAUAA